AUGCUAUCAGGAACCAAUUUAUUAAAUGUUCCACCUCCAAUCAAAAAAGGAAAAAGUAUGACUGGAUAUCUGUUAUUUUCUGCCGAAAUUCGGAAAACUAUUCAAGCUCAAAAUCCGACGAGCAACUUUGGGAAUAUUUCCAAAUUGGUCGGGUUAGAAUGGCACAAAUUGAAUGAGAUCGAGAAAAAAGAAUAUGAUAUACGUGCUGAAGUUCUGGCCAAAGAAAAACAAGAGGUUAGUGUGAUUGACUACUGUAAGAGUUCUUAAAAAAUGAAAGAUCUAUAUGUGACUUCUACUGUUGGAAUUCAAUUGUCAGAGUCCAAAUUUUACCAUCUACAGUAAUCUGAAAUUUCAAGGUUAUUUUAAAUUAAAAGUUCUGAAUUCUCAGGACAAUUUUCUCUCUCAAUUUCCAAUAUUUUCACCCAAAAAAAACUUCAAACUACAGUACCCUCAUCAGUUUCAAUAUUUUCAAAUCUAAUUUUUCAGUCGAUGGAAAGCAAUUCUAUGAAAAGUUUUCAAAAACCUGUCAAUGCCACAAUUUCGAAUGGAACUUCGGGCUUUUCUCAAGUAAGUCAGAUUCAUUUGGGAGUUUCAACAAAAUUGAGCAUUUUCGAGCCAAAUUUCAAAUACAGUACUACCAGAAUCUCAAAAUUCGCAAUCCUUCUAAAACUUUCUUGUUUCAUUCACUAUAGUCAUUUUGUCCUUUUCCAUUUCACCAACCCGUGUUCAACGCCUACAUUUUUUCGCUCGCUGUUGGCUUUUUUUUCGCCGUCUUUUUUUGUUGCUCGCGAGCGCGCGCAAUGAAUGUCGUGCACACAAAAAAAGAAGAAGAAGAAGAAGGCAGAAAGAAGAAGACGAAAAAGGAAAAGCAUGUUGUAGUAGUAGCAGUGACACAACACAAAAAAGAAGAAGAAGACGAUGAAAAUGAGCAUGCAUGAACAAGUAGAACAAAUGAUAUAGAUUUUUCGGGGGUGAAUCGUUCCCAGCGAUGUUAUUUUAGGUUGACACAAGUCAGAAGUCCCGAAAUUUUCGGCUUUGGAUUUUUAGUGUUCCGAUCGAAUUUGUUCAAUUGGCCCUGGACCUAUUCAUCUCUGAUUCACAAACUUCAGAAUUCCAAAUGUUCAUUCAGAAUAUUUGUUUUGAAUUUCAGAAUUGAUUUGGAAUCUUACUGUUAAGCCUAAUUUAAAAGUUGAAAAAACCAAAAAUAAAAGUAAAUGGAGACCCUUAUAAAAAUUUUGGAAGGCUUUCUUUUGAAAAAAAACCGAAUUUCGAAACUCGGACCCUGUAAAACUUCCAAAAAAAAUUUAUUUCAGAAAUACAUGCCAGAAUUCGAGAACAAGCCAAACACUGUCCAACUUCGAACACCUCAAGUAAUCCCGGUUUCUGGAGAAUAUCGAGUUGAAGAUCUAUUCCGAUGUCAACCAAAAUAUGCUGUCAUUCAACUCGAAGCCAAACAUAAUACCGUAAACUUAUUCAAACAAUUGGUAAGAUUCAAUUUUCAUUGAUUUGAGUACAUUCAAAAAAUUUCAGCUAGCUUAUGGCUAUAAAAAUGUACGAUUUUUCGAUGAUUUGAGCGAACAUCCAACAGUCAAAGUGAAGAUUGAGAAAAGUAAAGAAAGUCCGUUGAAAACAUUGUUAAAUGGAGCUGGAAAUGUUGAAAUUCCGGAAUGGAAAGGUGAUAUUUUGGACACUGAAACACCGACAACUUUUCAAAUACAGGUGGGAAAAAGAUAAAAGCUUCGGAACUUUCAUUUGAUAAUCCAACCUCCUUAAAAAACAAUUCCAAAAUUAAAAAAAUAUUCAGAUGGUUGAGAAAAUUUCAACAAAACCUCCAAAAAGAAGCAGUACUGGAGCAUCUUCAACCGGUUCAAUAUCUUCAGCAGAAUACGAUCAAACAAUCGACCAAGUUGCGAGUAAUUCAUUCGCCGAUCCAAAUUUUCUAGUCACCAGUUUAUUCUCGAAUUCACAAUCAGUUGAACCUGAAAAACAAUCAUCAUCUUCAUCUUCUCAAAAUCAUAAAUCUGCGAUUAAUAAUCAACCAGGUCCAGAUGAAUUAGUCAAAUGUAAAUUGUGUGAUAGUAUGAUUAUGGCAACAAGGUUAGUGGAUUUUUUUGAUAUUUUUUUUUUCAAAAAAAGAAGUUUUCAGAUUUUCAAAUUUAACAAAUCAUGUGAGACGACAUGCAAGUUUGAAACAAUAUCAAUGUCCAAAUUGUAGCUAUCAAAAUAAUGAACAAGCCAAGGUUAGUUUCAAUUUUUCAGGCUUACUGUAGAUUAAAGAAAGUAUUAGAAUUUUUUUAAACAUUAGAUAAUUCAAAUCCAUAUAUAAAAAAACUGAAUAUUUCUGUAAUUCUUCUAGUGAAAACAUUAGACGAUUACUGUAGUGUCUAGAAAAUUUUGGAAUUUUUUUUCAAAAAAUUGGAAUUUUUUUUUGAAAUGAUGAAUUUCACAAGAAUUUUGGAUUUGGAUACUGUAUGUAGUUUGUUCACAGUUUACAAUUCCAGGUCCGACUUCAUAUGCAAAACCAACAUUCUGACAUAAAAGGCGCAAUAAUCGACAAAAUCUCAAAUGAAAUGCAGAAAAUGUGGGAUAAAUUAAUGGGUGAAUGUUUUCCAAAUUAUGCUGAAACAAUUGCAAAUGCAAAAGCAUGUCAAGCAAAAAGAUUAGCACAAUCUGUAAAUGCAACAAUUAAUGGACAACAACAACAGAAUCUACAGCAGAAUCAUGGACAUCAGCAGAAUAACAGGAGUCAUUCCGAUGAAGUUGAAGAUACUGAAUCACUUGUAAAGGUUGGUUUUUUUUCAAAUCAAUUUUUGGUUUGAAAAAAAUUUUCUGGAACUUUUCCUAGACCACAAAAAAAUUGAUCUUGAAAGAGUUUUUUUUAAUAGUAAAAAGCCUAGGAGUUUUUCAGAAUUAAAAUGAAAACUUAAACCUUUUUUUCCAAAACUCUAAUUUUUAUCAAUUUUUUUGCAGUCAAUGGUAACCACUCGUGACGUGUCAAUUUAUCGUUGCCUCGAAUGCAAUCAUAUAAUUCCAUGUGUUUCGGGCGCAGAGCCAAAUCUCGAUGGUCCUUUAUGUCAACAUCUUCGCUCAUCUCACACACUCAAUUGUUUUCCUUGGAAAUGCAAUUUAUGUGAUUAUAAAAAUGCGGAACAAUGGAAGGUCCGACUUCAUAUUUUGAAUAAUCAUAUUGAAAAUGCUGAAGAAAUUGCGAUUGAUCAAGUUGAUGUUGCACAUUACGAGUUAUUCAUCAAAAAGUUCUUCCACAAUGCGAAAAAUAGUGAGUUGAUUUUUUCGAUUUUUAGAAAUAUGAGAUGUUUUUGCAGUUCAAUCCGAUCCUGACGAAUACAAAAAACUGGACAUUGAAACUCUGGAUCCCCCAACAAAACGUUGUAAAUUAACCUAA